AACCUUCUUUUUAUAAAAUUUCUUGGGAGGUGAUCCUAUACCUUUACCGUCUAAAACUAGAGAUUCAGAUUGACUUGCAUAAAUUCGUCCGAUUUUCGGGCGUGUCUCUCACUAACUGCCCAUGUGUACAAUGGUACAACGCCGAGAUUUUCGGCUGAAGCUGCGAUGAACCUCAUGGUGACCGCAUCGUUUUUGCAAAUGAAUUCAUUAAUGGAAGAAUUAAGUAAUACGGUAGUUAAUUGUGUGCACCCGUUAAACCGAUUAGCUGCAUAUAGAAAAGCUACUAUACGAAACGCACGAUUAGCGCAGAAGUUGUGGACUAGCAUAAUCAAAGAGUUUCGAUUGCACAUGAGUUCCGGAGAUUAUGAACGAAUGACGGAGUGCGAAAUCUUAGAAGCAUUAGCCGACGAAAGAUUAGAUGUCGGUAGCAAAGAAGAAGAAUCAUUGAUAACAAAUUGGAUUUUGAAAAACCCAAAGAAUAACGAACGUAUGAUAAAAUUAAAAGCUGACGGACUUCUGCGCAAAGGAACAGACUGUCGAUUAGGCCCAGUUGUCCGAGAUAGGAUACCUAGGGAAAUAAUAUUAGCUAUAGGUGGCUGGAGCACCGGCGGGCCAUCCGAUAUCGUUGAAGUGUUUAAUCCAAGAUCUCAUAGUUGGGUGUUACCAGACUCAAAGAUAAGAGAAAUUCCACGCGCUUAUCAUGGAGCGGUGUUGUGUAAUGAAAAAAUGAUUAUCUUUGGAGGCUUCAAUGGCAGAGAAUACUUUCAGCAUGCAAAACUCUUUGAUUUGAAUAAAAAGAAUUGGGAAUAUGUGACGAAUAUGCAUGAUAGAAGAUGUUACGUUGCCGCCACUUCAUUCAUAGAUCCCAAUGGUAAAUAUCACGUUGUGGCUAUAGGAGGAUACAACGGCUUUCGAAGACUAAACUCGGGCGAGAUUUUGAAUCUCGAGAAGAAUCAUUGGUACCAUCUCCCAUUCAUGGCAAAGCAAAGAUCUGAUGCCGGUGCUGUUGUUUUAGCAGGCAGGCCCACGAUAAUUGGAGGAUUCGACGGAAGACUAAUACACAAUGAUAUUGAGAUGCUCGAUUUCGAAUCGCAGUCAUGGCUAACCGGUUCAUCAGUAAUGCGCUCGGUUCGGACAGGAGUGUCUGCCGUGACAUACGACACGAAUGCUGUGAUUGUCGUUGGCGGUUUCAAUGGUGUGCGACGUCUGAAAAGUACGGAAUUUUACGAUCACCGAGUUGGUCUAUGGUAUCCGUUGCCUGAUAUGGAGAUUACUAGAUCAAAUUUUGGUAUAGAAAGUAUGAACGGUUGUAUCUACAUAGCAGGAGGUUUUGACGGCUCAAGAACGACGAAUACGGUAGAAAGAUUUGACAUGAGAGCAUACAAGUGGGAGACACUCCCGCCAAUGAGUAUACCAAAGUCGGCGUUACGAUUGAUACGAAUUGCUGAUCAUGACGUUAUCAGGGAACUCAUCAAUUUUAAAUCCGAAGAAGUCGACUUCAAUCAAACGUCUCACAACGAACAUUUCAUCACAAACUCACAAAGGACAUAAUCAAAAUUGCGAAAAGCACAUAAUUAUAUUUCAGUAGUCUCAAGCAAAACACUAACUAUGUCUACUAACCAAAUUAAUAGGUAGGAUGUUGAGAGAAAAUAAAGGUUUAGAAAG